AUGAAAAAUAAUUCAGAGAAUGUUCCAAUUUGGAACUCAAGACGUAGUGGUGGGAGAACUCUUGGUUGUCUUUUCGAUUUACCAAAUGAGCUAUUGACUAACAUAUUCGAAUUCAUGGUUCAAGAAGAUUUGACAAAAAUACUAAGCAUUUUGAAUGAAGUUCCGAAUAGAAAUGAUCGUAUUUUCCAAAUUGUAAAUGAUAUUUUCUAUUCAUCAAUUAUUAUCACAAACUAUUCAAAGGAUCAUUUUCAUGAGUUAGACGAAUUGAAAAGUAUAAUUCCAGCAUAUAAAGUAGACCGAAGUUUAUUCUGGCCAUUAGAAUUCAUUCUAUAUAAUGAGAUCGUUCCACAUUUGGCGUACGUCAAGAGAUCUAAAAGGGUAUAUUACGUGUUUGGAAACAGAAAUCCAGUAGAAUCUAUUCAUAAAGUUAUGAGGCAACUCUGUAAAUAUCUUAGUGAAGUUCCUAACGAAAUGAAGGAAAUUACGAGUGAAAUCAAUUUAUUGCUAAAUGUAUCACCUUCAUUUGAUACAGUUGAGGAGUUCAAACAAAACUUUCAAGAUUUAAAUAUUACAUUCUUGAAUCGUGUAAUCCGCCAUUCAACCGUGUUUAGUGAUCUUCGUCGAUUAAACAUAGUUGACGGUAUCUAUUACCCAUUGCCAAAUCAAAGCUUAGACCUUGGCAACAUUAGGUUUCUUGAUUCUAUCCAAGAAUUAUGUUUAAACCAUUUAAAUUUACUGUCUGUUGAAAAUCUACAAUUGCCAUCUUCAAUUUUAAUAUUGAACCUAUCAGAUAACAAGAUCGUUAAUCUUGAUGGUUUGAAACUUCCCUACAUGUUAAGAAAACUAGAUCUAUCACAUAAUAACAUUACUUUUAUCAGACGGGGCUUCUUUCCCAACGCUUUAGACGAGCUUAAUUUAGGAAGUAAUAGACUAAACUUACUAGCCGGUCAUAUAUUCCCUAAUAGUAUAUGCAGCUUGGACUUGUCAAAUAAUUUUAUCAGAGAUGUUAACUUUAUAAUACCACGGGAUCUUAAGUAUUUGAGCCUUCGGCAUUGCCCUAUAAAGAACAUAUGUGUUGAUGCCAGAACAACUAUUGCUAACAAUAACAUAAAAAUUGACCUCUGGUGA